UUCUGCUAUGCAAUGCAGCUGGUGACUUCCACUGCGCUGUCCAUGUCCACGCAAUUAGCAGUUGAGCUUGGAGUUUUCGACAUCAUAGCCAAAGCUGGUGCAGGUGCGGGUCUCUCCUCAUCGCAGAUAGCAGCUCAGAUAGGCACCGAGAACCCCGAUGCGCCCAUGAUGUUGGAUCGGAUCCUCAGGCUACUGGCAAGUCACUCUGUGCUCAAUUGCACUGUGGUUAAUGCUAAUGAUGAUGAUCAUAGUGAUGGGCCUAAUUUUCAGAGGGUUUAUAGUCUUGCUCCUGUGUCCAAGUACUUUGCGAAGAGUGAUGAAGAUGGUGUUUCUUUAGGCGCCAUGAUGGCACUGAUUCAAGACAAGGUCUUCUUGGACAGCUGGUUCCAGUUGAAAGAUGCUGUUGUGGAAGGAGGAAUCCCAUUUAACAGGGUCCGUGGCACACAUGCCUUUGAGUAUCCAGGUUUGGAUCCCAGGUUUAACCAAGUGUUGAACACAGCAAUGUUCAACCACACCACUAUUGUUAUCAAGAAAAUUCUUGAUCUCUACAAGGGUUUUGAGCACCUUAAGCAACUUGUUGACGCUGGGGGUGGCCUUGGAGUGACUCUUAGCCUAAUCACUUCUAGAUACCCUCAUAUUAAGGGCAUUAACUUUGACUUGCCUCAUGUCAUCAAAGAUGCCCCUUCUUACACUGGAGUGGAACAUGUUGGAGGAGACAUGUUUGCAAGUGUUCCAAGUGGGGAUGCCAUUUUUAUGAAGUGGAUACUUCAUGACUGGAGUGAUGAACACUGAAAAAUUGUUACAAUGCUAUACCAGACAAUGGAAAAGUAAUUGUUGGGGAAGCACUUCUUCCAGUUGUGCCAGAGACUAGCACUGCUGUGAAGAGCACCUCCCAAAUUGAUGU